AUGAUCCAGCGCCACCAUCUAGUGCAGUCCAUGCUCCAGAAGCUCCAGGAUGCAACUGAAUGCCAUGGGUCAGAGAAAUUAAUCCGUGCAGCCUUGACAUCUAGGAGGAUGUUAUCCUCUCUUUCAUUACCCAGCUAUCGGAGGCAGUUCCAGGAAGAGCUGGAAGUUGACCGUAUAGCAAAAAGUCUUUACCCAGAAGAUGCUCCUCGCAAUAUGUUACCUUUCAUUUGUAAAGGCAAAGGGAACCACUUGUUUGAGGCAGCAAGUGUGUUGUUGUGGGGUAACACUAGCUUAACUCUGGAGUUACAGGUCCGCACAGUUGUGGAGAUGUUGCUUUACAAGCAGUACUAUUUCAAUGGCAUGAUUGAUUCUAAGGUGAUGCUGCAAGCUGCUCGCUAUUUUCUUUGUACAGAUAAAUCUCCUGAGAUGACUCUCUUACCUUUGGCUACCCUAGAGGCUAUCUUUGAUGCUGACAUUAAAGCCAGUUGCUUUCCUGGCAGCUAUGUCAACAUGUGGCAUGUGUACGCUCUGGCAUCUGUACUACAAUGCAACAUUUAUUCCAUCUACCCAAUGAGCAACCUUAAGAUACGGCCGUACUUCAACCGACUCAUCCGACCUAGAACGUGCAACUCGCAAACCUCCACACUUCACAUCAUGUGGUCAGGGAAGCAGAUUUCUUCCCAGGUUUUUGAAGCUCAGUACUUUGUCCCUGUCAUGGGUCUGGAAGAGCUGGAACCCCCAGAAUCCGUUCCGGAACCUCAGGUUCAGCCUGUGAAGACACUGGAGUUGCUGAACAAGGAUCCCCAGGUGACUUACUCUAACCUACGUGAAAGAUACAGCAUUACCAAAAGCACCUUCUACCGAUGGAGACGCCAGUCACGAGAGCAUAGACAGAAAGCAGCUGCCAGAUUUGCAGCCAAACAUUUUUUGCAAUCCUGUUUUCAAGAAGGUACCACUAUUCCUCUUCAACACUUCCGACAGUUGUUCCCAGAAAUUUCUCGCUCCACCUACUAUGCCUGGAAGCAUGAGUUGCAAAGUGUGGACAACCAUGAGGUUUCUGCCUCUUCUGAUGUCACCUUGUCUAAGGUUCCUCAAAUGUACAAGCUUCACACUAGUCCAGACAGUGCAGGAAAAUCUGAAGAAGGCCAGAGCUCAAAAGAUUUCCUGAGUCAAAACAAAAAUGGAACUUCCAUGCAAGGAGCCAAGUCUUAUCUAGAAAAAUGUAUUUCCAUGAAUAGUCUUGUGCCAUACAGAAACUUUAAACGUAGCUUUCCUGGCAUCUCCAGAUCAACAUACUAUAACUGGAGAAGAAAAGCCAUAAAAGGAAAUCCAAAUUUCAAGCCUCCCCAACCUCUUUCUGUAACCCAGAAACCAAAUCUGUAUCUGUCACCGAAGUCUGGAAACCUGGCUAACAUGAAGAUGGUCAAUGGGCAACAUCCAGGGCCCCGGAUUUUCAUGGGUAUUAAGCAGUCUCUCUACAGUUGGCAACAGCAAGCUCGUAAAUUGGCCAGGAAACGUGUUUGCCAAUGGAACAUGCCUUUCUAUAAGUUUCGCUUGCGUUAUCCUAAUAUUUCUCCUACAACCUAUUGGUUUUGGAAGAAAAAAAGUGUCAAGGAGACCGAAGAGUAUUGCCUCCCCUUAACAGUGGCCUCCCAAAAUUUGCAACAGACUCCCUCAUCUUCUGAGAUUAAUAGAAAGGCAGAACUUAAAUUCCAUUCCACACACCCCGAAGAGUUUGCUCCAGUGCCUGUGGAUAAGCAGAUCCCGAAACCCUACAGCAUUGCAAUUCCAGAUUAUCAAAUGUCUGAAAAAGUCAACAGCAGCAUGUUUGUGAUGGAUGUGAUUGCCACAGCUCAGUUCAAAGCCCAGGCUAAACUCUUUCUCCAGCAACGUUUUGAAUCAAAGACCUUUCCAUCAUACAAGGAGUUCAGAGCCCACUUUCCCUUAACAGCACGCUCAACUUACUACAUGUGGAAACGUGCCCUUUAUGAUGGACUUACUCUAGUGGAUGCUUAG